GGCCGUCGGUGGUGGGGCAGUCGGUGCGCGUGGGAGGAGGCACGGCGAGUCAGUGGAGUCCGGGAAGUCGAGCAGCGCAGACGCGUUGUGGCGCCGUUUACGUUUCUCCUCGCAAGGUUCCUGGGAACUGCUGCAGUUAAUCGACAGCGACGACGAUCAAUCGCCGUGACGAAGCACGUACGACGUAUUCUCGCAGUCAGGGUGGAUAGUGACGGUUGUUCGCGCGGGUAGGUCCGGCGCGAGAUCUCGAGGGAUCGAUCGAUCGCGAGAUAGAACGAGAAGCGCGCUCUCGAUUGCCUCGAGGGGAGAGGUGGAGGCGAGGCGCCUCUCUCUCUGGCUGCCGCGAGCCGUCAUGUCGACACGAAGAAGAACGGUACAAAGACUUAAUAUGCCUAAGUGAGGGUGGUGGUUCUCUCUCUCUCUCUCUCUCUCGACUUUCCUUGAAGAAGAGAAGAAAGUGGAGGACCUCGCGCGCGACGGUGAAAUAAAAAAUUCAUCGAAAGGACGCGAAAGGAGGAGGAGACGGAGGAGGCGGUGGAGGAGGAGAAGGAGGAGGAGGAGAGGAGAGAUAGAGAGAAAGAGAGCACAGAUCGAUCGCAAUAAGAAGAUCGGAGUAACGAGAGACUGAACGCGUACGAGUAAGUGUCGUCGCUCGCGCGAGGAGGGAUGCCUACGAAGGGGGAGAGGGGAAAAGCGACGGACUUCAGCAUCGCGGCCAUCAUGGCGCCCAGGGGUCCGUCCUUCGGGCAUUACCACCUGCAGGGCAUCGGCAACGCUGCUGCCACCGCUGACACCAGCCUAGAAUGCCAAGCCGGCAAGGAAUUCGUUGCUGGGUCUACCUUGGAUCACCGUGUUGAAGCGUCACCAGUGAACAUUGUCGCGACAGCGACGGUGGUGACGGAGGAGGCCCUCUUGGCCGACGAAGAGGCUGAGAACUGCGAGGGUGAGAGCGAGAGCACUGAGAAGUCCGCGAACGAUGAAGACGAGGAGGUGGACGUCGACGUGGAGGAGUGCAGCAGCGUCGACGACGGGCCGGUCCACGAGGUGGCCGACGACCUUGCCGGAGUGAGUACGCCCUCGCGGAUUCGCGGCGCGGACGGCGGUAGCAACGCGGACGACAAGAAGCAACAUUUGAGGACCAGCUGCAACUCCGUCGAGCUGACCGACGUUCAGUGCCACCUCGAGACCAAAGAGCUCUGGGACAAGUUCAACGACCUCGGCACGGAGAUGAUCAUCACGAAGACCGGCCGACGGAUGUUUCCAACGUGCCGGGUAUCCUUCACCGGGCUCAAGUCCGAGGGCCGUUACGCAGUGUUGAUGGACAUCAUACCGGUCGACAACAAGAGGUAUCGGUACGCCUAUCAUCGUAGCUGCUGGCUGGAAGCCGGCAAAGCGGAUCCGCCGGCACCCGCCCGACUUUACGUUCAUCCCGACUCACCCUUCACCGGUGAGCAACUGCGGAAACAGGUCGUCUCCUUCGAAAAAGUGAAGCUGACGAACAACGACAUGGACAAGCACGGCCAGAUCGUACUGAACUCGAUGCACAGGUAUCAGCCGAGAAUACACUUGGUCCGCUGUAAACACACUGACGACAACGGCUUGCACAUCACCGAUCUCCAGAAGGAGGAGCACAAGACGUUUGUCUUCAAGGAGGCCAUUUUCACCGCCGUCACGGCGUAUCAGAAUCAGCUGAUAACGAGAUUGAAGAUCGAUAGUAAUCCAUUCGCCAAGGGUUUUAGGGACUCGUCUAGACUCACCGACUUCGAUCGAGAUCCCAUGGAACUCAUGGAACAGCAACUAGUACGAUGCGGCGGCGUGCCCCCAGUAAGACUUUACGAUCAUAUCGGUUUACCAUCACCGGCGAUGGUGGCCGCGGCCGCGGCCGCGACGCUGAACGCUCAGCAGCAACAGCAGCAGCAGCAACACCAUCAGCCGUCCGCGCAACAGCAGCAACAGCAGGAGACCAACGGACACGUGUUGGUGCCCUGGCUGUCGCCACUCUUGUAUGGCACCAGGAGUGCGGCCGGCUCGCCAUCGCCCUAUCCCACCGCCGCCACCCCCAGCUUCCCGUAUCCGUCGACGCUGUCGUGGGCCUGGCAACCACCACCCUCCGUCGCGAUGAUCUCGCGACGAUCCUCGCCCCCCACCAGUUUGAGGUAUGUCCCCUAUCCACCCACGGCCAGCACACCCCCGCCGCUACGGGCACGCCCGUCCACCCCCAAUUAGCGAUCCCCGCUGGCGCUGGCGAUUCGGCGACUGCGGCAUUAUCGUUCCUCCUCCCUCUCUCUGUGAUCAUGGAACCGGCAACCGAAAUUGGGAAUCGGAAUUGUCCCGACACGUUUUUAUCUCGUUAGGGGUACGGUGGCACGCGUACAACGCAUUUUAUCGUCGACGAAUUGGAUCGCUGGUGGCGAUAUGGAAAUAAGUGGCAUCUCGUUGCACUUUUUGUUGUAGUGAUAUUAGUAAAAUUCAGGAUGGAAAAUAAAUCGAAAAAUGAUUAUCAAAUUACUUGUAGCCGUAAGUGAGAUGUAAAUAAAAAAUAAUGGCCGCGUUCAGCAGAUGCCACAUGUUGAAGUAUUCUUCUA